AUGUCUGUAUAUCGGGAAUGUAGAGAACGUGGUGAAUAUAUGAAAUUGAAAUGCGCUCCAAUGGAUUAUAUUUGUCAAUGCGAUGCUCUUAAAGCAAUUCAACUUUGUUUUUUGCAAUGUGCCGACGAUAUAAAUAUUUCGAAUGAAGGAAAAGCUUACGAACCUGCCGUCGCUCAAAUUUGUUCACUCGGUACCAGCCAAAGUCUUACAAAAUAUCCUACACCUACAUCUACAGUUAGCCUUGCAACCACAUCAUCGAACCCUCCAAGCUUAACCAAGGAUAAUAUGUCUGCAACACAAAAUUCUUUACCAAAAAACACAGAACGCUUC